CAUGCUAGUCAUCACGUGAUUUUAAUUGUUGACAAAAGAAGUAAAUAGGUAGGCCUAGAGCCCUAGAUCUACUAAAAGUAAACAUCACUGCGAACGUGACAAAUUAAAAAGGGAAUUUCAUAAUCCAAGUGAAACGGGAUGUCUCAAAGGAAAUGCACUGUGGCUGUAGCCGCCAUCUCUGCCUGUGCAUCUGUGGUCGUCUACGAGAUUCUGAGACGACUUGCAUCAUGGGCAACGGGAGAUGAGCAGGAAGAGAAGACUACUGAUGUUUGUGAAAGUGAUGCUUUGCCAGAACUUGGAAAGAGCCUGCGUGAUCGGGAAUACUCUCUUGUUGAAAAUCUCCAUCCAUUGAAUAAUGGCUCUUAUGGCGGGGUUCCGCAGAGAGUGCUCAAAGCACAGAAAAGAAUGAUGGAUGAACGGGAAUCCAAUCCUGAGAUGUGGUGUCGCUUCCGUAGACAGGACAUGUACAAGGAUGCGGUCAAGAACGUUGCCGAGUUUGUGUGCGCGAAGCCGGAGAAUCUGGUCUUAGUUGAAAACGUUACGACUGCAACAAACAGCAUCGUGAAAUCCUUCAAGUUCAGUGCUGGUGACCAGAUCUUGGUGACAAAUCAUACCUAUGGGGCUGUGCUGAAGACAUUGAAAUUUGUUACCAAUCUCAAUCAAGAUGUCAGCACUGUGUCCGUUGAGAUCCCAAUCCAGACGACAGCCAAGGAGAUCAUCGAUCUCCACACCCGUGCCCUCGACGAGAACCCCAGGAUCAAGAUUGCCAUGCUGGAUCACAUUGCGUCCUUCUCGGCCCUCUUGUUGCCAAUCAAGGAACUGAUCGAGAUCUGUCACAGUCGUGGAGUGAUAGUGGCUAUCGAUGGGGCUCAUGCUCCGGGGCAGCUCCCUCUUCGGUUGGAGGAACUUGGGGCGGACUUUUACUAUGGCAACUUGCACAAGUGGCUUUAUUCACCUAGGGGAUGUGCCUUGUUCUAUGUACAUCCCAAGCAUCAGAGCUGGAUCCGAACCGCUAUCUCAUCCCAUCAUACAUUUGAUCAAGAUCUUCAAGAUCGCUUCCAUUACAUCGGGACCAGGGAUGCAAUCCCUUACUUCACGGCCAAGCAUGCCAUUCACUAUCAUUAUUACCUCGGUGGAUUGGAGAGGAUCACAGCCUACAACUCUCUGCUCGUCCAAUGGGCAGCUGAGAUGUUGGCCAAGGCAUGGAACACAACCUGGGUUGACCGGGAUGAGGAGUUGAGGGCGCCAUUUAUGCGUCUUGUCCUACUUCCUCCAUCUCCCAAGCUAGCUCUUUAUGAGGCCAAUAAAGAUUUGAUUUAUGAGAUUUUGAAAAAGCAUAGUGUGGCUGUUGCUGUGAGUAAUGAUGGUGAGGAUCGGUUUGUACGUAUCAGUGCCCAAGUGUACAACUAUAAAGAGGAAUAUUACUUUUUACGUGAUGCAGUCAUUGAUGUUCUGGAUAUUAAGAAUUAAAAGGAUAACUAAAUGUUGUUCCUAUCUUACGGGUACGUUUGUACCUAUCAGUACCCAGGGCAGUGCUUCGGGAAACUGUGAUAAGUACAGGUUUGCCAAAACUCCAUUGAAAUGUGCAUUAAAAUUUGCAAGCAUUUCAAUAGGCUGAUGUGUAACUAUAAAGAGGAAUGUUUAUCUACUGCGUGAUGCAAUCAUUGAUGUUCUGGACAUUAAGAAUUGAAAUGAUUACAAAUUUGUCUCUAUUGUAAGAAUACGAUUGUAUGCAUCAGUGCCCCAGGCACAUUUCACAAAACUUUCACAAGUAAAAGUUUACCAACAUCCCAUUAAAACAUGCAUUGAAAUUAGCACACAUUUUAAUGGGAUGUCGGUGGACUAGUGGUUAUCAUGACAGUUUUGUGAAACGAUGCACUGGUGUAUAACUAUAUAGAAAAAUAUGUAUCUACUUUAUGUUGCAAUCAUUUCUGUUCUGAAUAUAAAGAAUUAAAGGAUGCAAAGAAAAUAUCUUUAUGGUAAGGAUACAUUUGUAUGUAUCAGUGCCCAGUCGUAUUCUGAAAUGAUGAUAUAUUUUAUGUUUAGUAAAACGAUGUUAAAUUAUCAUAACAAAUAAGAAUUAGGACGAGUCAUUGGCUCAUGUACAUGUCUAUGCAAAUCUGGCUGCAAUUGCGUGAAGCUAAAAGAAGCAUCAGCACAAGCAACAAGUAUAAGCGUUGGUUCCUCGAAAAUUUGAGUUGCUGUGUCAAUUAACAUCAUUUCCACUUCCAUAAAAAAUAACAUCAUUUCAGAAUAUUGCCCCAGGGGAUAUCAUUUAGUGAUGAAAUCAUUGAUGUUCUAGCUUUCAAAUUUGAAACCAUGCUGCAACUUCAUGCUUUAUUCUAUUCUAAAAGAAUGUUAAUCUAGCUGUACAUAGGGCUUAUUCUAGGAUCAUUUUGUCUCAAAGUAAUACACAAAUUAUAAAGAUAAAUUAGAUUUAUAUCUUAUUAUGUUGCAUGUAAAUGUAUUUUACUUUCUCGGUAGUCGGGAUAUAUUUGUUCAAAUAUUUUUUCUGUUUCUGAUACCAAGAACUUUUAUUUUGGUAUCAGUAAGAUAUAGGAGUUGUAGAAUGUUCCUUUUAUUUGUACCAUGCAAUCACCUAAAUAAAUAAUUUGUGUACAGCUAGAAUGUAUAAAAUCAUCCUUAAAAACUUCGAACUAUGGCCUUAUGGAUAAUGAGUAUGAACACAAUAAAGAAUAACAUAAAACUGUUCAAGGAACUCAAGGUUUUUAUUACAAACAAA